AUGGAGUUUGACUCGUAUCAACACUACUUCUACGAUCACGACGCCCAGGAGGAUUUCCACCGCUCCACGGCACCCAGCGAGGACAUCUGGAAGAAGUUCGAGCUGGUCCCAACACCCCCUAUCUCCCCCCUGGGUACCCCCGGGGAGAAAGCCUGCUGCUCCGGGAUGGAGGAGCGCUCCGGCUGGCUCUCCCGCUACUGCCUGGCCGGGGAAGAGCCGGAGUAUCUCAUAGGGACGGGAGAAAUCUUUGGGAACCUGAGCGCUUUCAUCCUCAAGGAUUGCAUGUGGAGCGGGUUUUCAGCCCGGGAGAGACUGGAGAAGGCGAUGACAGAGAAACUUUCCACGGGGACGCAGAGGGCCACCCCCCACAAACCCUCUUUCGCGCAGGAUUUUGGUUUCAGCAGCUCGGUGAGCGAAU